GCGGUAUCGAAUUAAAAAAUUCUCGACAUCCUGCGAACAACUCGAAACGUUGAGUAAUCAGAGUUCACAGCCCAAAUCUCUGGUACAAAGAGACUAGUAAGUUUAUAGUGCUUUUUAAAAAACGUUACAAUCUUUCGAAAAGGAUAAGAAAUGAAAGCAUCGCUAAUCUUCCUGGUUCUGCUACUUGAGUUUUCAUGGGGACGAAUCAGUGGAAGUAACAGUCGAGUGCGUCGACAAGCUUUCCAAAAACCCACGCCGUCUGCAUUUCAGGUAACUCGUUUUCUAGCCCGUAAGGCUUCCCAUAUCUAUGGUUAAUGUCAGUACAGGUCAACUUUGAAGUACCUUCAUUGAUUAUGUCUCUUUCAUUGAUAAUAAGCUCCUAAAUAUUGUCCUAUUAAUGCUAUGCAUGCAAGGGAAGGCCUAAACUUGAGAACACCCGCCACUUUGGCGUGUUGUUCAGUUCCAACUAUGUCACGCUUCGACAAAUCUUUCUGUAUCAAUUCUUUUAUGAAAAUUGUCUGAUAUGUUGAAGGGUAGUGAGUGCCUCUGGCAACGCGAUGGACUUUAGCCGAUAGCCUAUAAACAACAACAAGCGCUUACAUAAUGAGUUUUUGGUAUACCUGUGCUCAAAAGAAGAGAUAUGUAUUGCGUUGUGUAUGCUUGCCGACUGCGAUGUUGCGCGAUCAUGUAAAAUUUUUUCAAAGCGCAUGAAUUAUUUAAUGGCAGAGGGGGUGCUGGCAAGGAUAGACGGCGAGCGGUCGUCCUUGUAUUCUUUCCUCCAGAGCCAAGCUCCAGAGCAAAGCGCGGUAGAGCGAAAAAGUAAAAUUAUGAAUGGUACAAAUGAGGAGAGAGAUUUAAUAGGGCGGAGAGAAAAAUUAAAACAACAGGAAAAAUCACGCGCGAAAUGGUGUCAACUGUCAGGAAGGAAGGAACUGUCAAUCAAGGAGGCGUGAAAAUCAGAUAUACCAUCGCAGUCUCCUUUUUUUUUUCUUCGCUCGGGCUUCCGCCUUUGGUCCUCACUGCACUCUUGCUGUCAAUACACUGUGACUCAAAAGAAAAGUAACAGCGCGGACUACUCGAAGUCUAGUCUGCUACACAGCCGUUUUUAGAGUCGUCAAGCAAUGCUCCUCCCCACUGCGGGACGACACUAAAAACGGCUGUGUAGCAGGCUACUCGAAGUCUAGAGGUAAAACAACAGACAAGCAAAGGUUAUUUCUAAUCAUUACGAUCGACAUGCUUUCCUUUCGCGCUUUACUCUCCUUUCUCUCCCAUUACUGUGCCUGUCACAUACAGGCUAUGUAAUUGAGAUUAGUUACCUCAAGGACAGGGCGCAGAGGAGUUAUCAGUGACCUUGAUUGCAUAUUUUAAAAUUUUGCAGCUGCUCCUGGCAGCUGUCAAUGCUCGGUGGGAACGAACGUCGCCCGCCAGAAGAGCGACGCAUUUCCGAGCGAGGCACGAAGGGCCGAUUUUUUUUUACUGUAAGCCGAUCUUGGCUUCUUCAGUCCUUUUAUUGGUCAAUGGUCCCACUGAGCAUUGACUAAUGUGUUACCGGGUUGUAACAGAUCGCGUGACGGUUUGAUCGAUAAAAAGCAAACUCGGCUCUGCGCCCUCUGGCUCAAGUAACGUUGUAUCGACCUAAUAAUAAUUCCUUAUGUUGCUCAGAAUCUCCCUCGGAUACUACAGGCAACGGAAAACGCGCGUGCGUGAAAACUGCCACCCUUAUUGACUAUUUUCCAAUUCCCCAUAAUACACUCUGUUUUCCCCCCAAAUUUUGCAUAACUUAUUGUCUUAAAAUGCUCUUGGGAAAAUGCAAUACUCCCAGAAGCAUUUAAAAACAAUGGUUUAUGCAAAAUUUGGGGGGCAAACAGAGUGUAUUAUGGGGAAUUGGAAAAUAGAGAAUUGCCUGUUCCAGGCGUUCGUCAGGACCGCACAAAGUCAAAUUUCUGCUCCAAAGUUCUCGCCACUCUCCACUGUUCCUGCCCAUUUGUUCAUUUUGCGUGAUGAAUGAACUCUGCCAGGAGCCAAGUGCCUCGUAUCAUCUCAAGUAUAUUUGCUGAUAUCUUCUUACUUUUAGGUGAAAUUUAAGAAAGGUUUUAACUGGCGGGAAGUAACUACAGAAGAUAAAUUCUAUGAAAUGUUCCCUAACAUACCACGUCUACCCCAGCACCAAGGUAACGAUUAUUAUGGUCUAGCUAGGGUCAGGGGCGGUAAGAAGGUGGGGGCGCAAUAUGCCCUGUUGAUGUCGAUAUCCACCACCGGCGCAUUUAGGUCAGGAGCGUGCUGUAUUGAGGUUUUCAACUGGUUAUGAGCACUACCAAUAAGAAUGCAGGCAAAUUCAUGAACAAAAAUGUUCCAGUUGUGCUUUGCUGAAUUGCAUUACCACCUGGCAAGUUUUAAGCGCAGAAAAGAAGUGUUAAAUGCUGUUGUGGCGCUUCUCUUAGGUGCGUUUUACAACUCAACGAUGCACUUUAAAAUUUUGAGUUGUGGAAAAUUAUACGGGAAUGAAUGUUUGAUGAAUGAUUUGCUUUAUCCGUGUAACAAUCAUGGUAAUUUUUUAAUAAUUUAUUCUGCGUCAAAUUCACAGCCAAAUUACAAGGAGGUUUUAAACCAAUAAGACCUGGUAAGUGGCUUAUUUAACUUUUUAUCGUUCAUAUCAAGCGAAGCCAAUGAUUAGCGUUUUCUUCAGGUAGUGUUUUCCCGAAUUGUUUUUCAAUUCAACUGCUAGUGUUUUGUUAGAUUACUUUUAUAGGGAUAGGACACGGGGCCGGUAUGGUUUACCCUAGGUGUUAGAGGUUUUUUUAGCACUUCCUGCAUCUAGGUCAGGUCCGCUCCCCAGUGGGCAGUAUGCUCCCCAAACUUCCGAUAGGUCGCCCCAUGUAAGGAAAUCCAAGACACUCUUAGAUUCUGGUUUCCACGCCAUGGAUACCGGAUUCUAGGUGCUAAAUUCUGGAAUCUUUGUCAGGUGAACUUGGACUGUGGAUUCCAAUCGUUACUGGGAUUCCGGAUUUUUUAGCUGUAUUCCUGAUUCCAAACCCCAGGAUUCCAGAUUCCACAGCAAAAAUUGGCUGGAUUCUAGAUUCCACAAGCAAACAUUUCCCGGAUCCCGGAAUAUGGACUCACUUGCAUGGGACGACAUAGGGUAUCUGGCCUCCCAAAGACGUCUUAAUUUGUGAAAAUGAUCGAAAACGUAGAAUCUAGAAUCAAUUUAAGGGGGUUUUCUGGAAUGGGGUGCAAUACAGUAAAACCUAUUUACUACAUACAGCAAAGGCCUAUGCUAGCGUGUGCGCAUCAUCCGAAUGUCAUUAUCAAGCAGGAUAAUAGAAGAAUAAUUGUCACGAGAAACGAGCUUCUUCAAACCUGUUUUUGUCUGAGCUCUUCCUUUGUGACAUCUGUUAAAUCUGUAGAUGGAUGAAUAGUAACGCAGGUCUUUCCAGAAAAAAUACCUAAGAUUACUUCUUGGUGCUGUGUUUAUCCUGUUUUCAAUGUUUAUAUUUAUUGCCAAAAGGAAUUAAAGGAAUACACAAAGGUCCUGGCGUACCAGGGAAACCAUCCAUUUCUAAAGGUAAGUUGCUACAACCUUUGGUUAAACAGUGUUUUGAUGUUGCGUUAAAUAUCUCCUGUUAUUUGUUUACACUUGAGGAAAGGUGUCCUGCGAUAGCAAAUUUACUAACUUCGAAAAAGUCGCAAUAAUGCCUCAAUGUGGCACGUUUAAUCUGCAUUUAAGCCAUGCGUGCGUCCUUGAAUUUCUCUCUUCGCUAUAAGAACCGGCGCCUGCUACGCAGGCUAGAGCUUAUCCCGCAUGAAGCGAAUAGGAGUAGGUCCACCCCUCUUGGACGGGAUACUAGUCCAUCGAAGGGUCCCGGCUCCCACUAUGAUCAGUAACAAUUUCAUCUCUCUAACUUGACGUGGUCUUCUGCAGCGUCUUCUCUGCUCGUCCCCAGCGCACCUCGGCUUUUUUGAAAUGCGCGGAGCCCGUCGUUUUGAUGAUCAUGAGCCUAAGCUGUGUUUUGCUGUAUUUUACAAAACAGACGAAGUUGAUACUUCAACUCACUGCGCAAGUCGGCGGACGUUGACUGAUCUUCCUAUCACAAGAUCCUUUGGACAGCACAUCUUCCCAUCAUGCGCAUGGGUAAAACGCUGCUCGGGCUGCAUGUGUCCUGAUUUGAUGACGUGUAAGCCAGCGAAGGCAAGGAACAAGACAGUGGAUUUUUAUCGCAUUGGUAAGUAAAAUUUUAAAAUUUGACCUGUAAGAAAAAAUAACCACCUCCUAAAACUACAACCAGCUACAAAAGAUGCUCGAAAACAAUUUGAGCUUAAAUAGCCGGUCAAUGAUCUUGUGCUUUUGAUCCUCCUUCCCCCACCCCCCUCCCAUGUGAAAGUUGCUGGCAAUACGAGACAAUGCUCAAAACUUGGAGGAACAACUUUAAAUGGAGGGGAGGAUGGGGGGUGAGUGUUAUAUCACAGAAAUGUGUGACUUAACGCAAUCUUAGCUGAAAAGAACAGUUUUUUGUUGGAGUGUCUAAACAUUUUUCCAACUGGUUAUAGCGAGCUGUAGAAUGACCCAGAAUUCUCCUUGCACCAGACAAAUGGAGUAAGAAAAGGAACUUGGAAGACAGGCGAGGAAUCUUCCCUACCCUAUACUAUACUUUCUUCUCUUUGUAUGAUUAUCAUCAUGCCCACCGUGUACGCCUAUCUUUACUGGCUUUGCCCAGCGUAAGAGUUACCACAUAGACGCCGUUGCCUUAUAUACAUACAAGCAAAAGUUGAAAGACCUGGUUGCAAGUAUUGUUGGCAACAUCCAAGAAAAGAGCAGCCAUCAAAACCUGCGAAUUUCUAAAACAGAAAAGAAAUAAUGAGCCAUACAGUUCAAGAAAUUUUUCGAAACUUUUGCGUAUGUGGGUCUGAAAGUUAUGCCUCUCUUUCAAUAUGCAGGGACGGUCUGUCAAUAGCUUCACCAGAGAAUGUUAAAGCAAAAAUGCAAACGAAGAUUUAGACUUGCAACAAGUCGACCUCACGAGUCUCUAAGCGAGCGGGGCGAGCUUUUUAAUUAAGCCACGGAGAGGCCGAGCGAACGACGAAGUCGCGAGAUUCAUCGUCUCGACCCGUAUUAAAUCGAACAAAGGACUUCUUUAAGUCUAACAAAGAUUCGGCAAAACGGCAACCUCGUCCCUAGGGUUUUCUCGUUUUCCUGUGGUAUAGUUAAAGGUGGCGAUCCGGGGGACACCCAUCAUCACUAAUCAUACGGGGAGGUUCUUCCCUAAAGUCCAACCCUUGACCUUUUUAUCUACCUUUUAGGACAAAAAAGGUACACCAUUGGUAUCCCUUCCAUUGACAAAUGGUACCCCUGUCAUUCCAAAGACAUACAAAGUGUCUGUCACAAACCGCAAUGACAGAUUUCCUACCCUUUCCAAUACAGUAAAAACCCGCGUAUAAGAACCUAACAUUUAAGAACCUGUUAGGCUAAAAUUUCAUCUUUUAGCACCCUUCACAUAAGAACCAUUUUAGGCUAAACUCCUAAAACAGCUUCUUAUUUUCCAAAAAAAAAUAUAGAAUUAAGACAUUUUCUCAAAAAAAAAAAAAAUAUAUAUAUAUAUAUAUAUAACACAGUCUGUAUGCAGCAAUAAUACUCUAAACCCUAUAGCAUGGUUACAUAAAACUUUUUCCAUAGGUUUGAUUGUAACAGAAUCAGAUUAAAACAGUAUAGUAUUUUGCUUAACGAAGCCUCCAAGAAUACUGUUUUUGAACAUUAAACACCAGAUCAUUUAAAAAUUCAGCUUUAUUUCUUGAACAAAAGUUAAGAACCUAAUUAAGAACCUAGUUAGCCUAAUUUUACACUAAAUACCAUUUAUAUAAGAACCUGUUUAGGCUAACUUGGAAAAACCUAGGUUCUUAUACGCGGGUUUUUACUGUACUUCAACUAGUGAAGCCUGAAGGCACCCGUCUCGCGCGGAGCCUCCCUGUUAAGACCAAGGAUCAAUUUAGGCUUCUGGGAAACUGCCUACCUACCCCUCCCUUAAGCCAACACUAACACUUACUUCUCCCUUAGGGCAAAAUGUUGGCUUAAGGGAGGGGUAGGUGGACAGUUUCCCAGAACCCUAAAUUGAUAGCAUAGGGAGUAACCCCGGUGUGGCGACAACACACAGAAAGUGCUGGAGUUCUCGUUCGCCACAAAAAGGUGCCCUGCACACUUAAGAAUCUUUGCAGCUGUAAUAUGCAAAAUAUCGAGGGCGAUGUUUGAUUAAUAUCAUGAUCCCUCGUCCGAUCCUUUAGCUCUCUAGAUCUUAGUAUAAAGCUGAACAGAAGUUUAAAUUUAAAGUUCAAAGAAGUAUUCGGUUUCCAUUUUCAGAUGGACAUACAGUUAAUCGGGAUAAAAUACCGAUGACUGAGCACGUGCAGUGUGCUUGUCAGUGUAUUAAGUCAUCUUCCUCGUGUACUGCCGCCAGACAAGUUUGGAAUGAACACACGUGUGGCUGUGAUUGUAAACCUGCAUACCAAGAACACAACCUAAACUGUACAGGAGUCUCAAAGGUAUGGUCUUUUUAUGAGCUUAUCUACUUAAAACAAGGGAACCCCUGAAAUUGUCCUACAAAUGAAGCAUUUGAGUUUUGCUGGAGCUUGUUCGCAGAUGAAUACAAGACUUUACCAAAAUCGACCAGGAGGAACGUAAAAUUGAAGAAAUUCGUAUUUGGAAGCCUAUGACUUCCUGAUCUAUUAUGUAAACAUUGAUUUACGUCAUCAGUAUGGAAUUUCUGUCGCUGAGUCGCAGACGUUGUUCCAUGCGAAAAGUCCCCAGCGGGGAGGAGCGGACAGAAACGGCUGUAUUCGCAGGCUACCCUUCCAGAUGAAAAAGACGUCUUCUGCAUUCAGGGUUCCUAUGGAUUCAUGGGGUUAUAAAUAGUUUGUGUUUUUCGCAAUAGUCCAUUUUCGAGUUGCCUCAAGCCUCUGUUUCAAAGGGAGGCUAAGUGCGAAGCUAUCGAUAUGAAAAUGAUUGUUUUUUUCUCGUGGACAAAAAACUUAUUGCACAAGAAAGGUUUUUCAUUUAGCCUCGUUUUGAAAGUGAGAGUUUUUGGAACUCGGAAAUGGCAUGUCGCAAUCCAUUGCGAUCUUUGUGAUUAUCAUUAUUAUUAUUAUUUAUUUAUUUAUUUAUUUAUUUAUUUAUCUUUUUCUUUAUUUUUUAUAGUACGACUCUCGAACAUGCAGUUGCAUUUGUCCCAGGGCACAUGAAUCAUGUCCUCUUGGCUGGAUGUGGAGUGAUGUGAAAUGCAGAUGUGUAGAAAUUCGUAUCACCGUUUUCAGGAAACCCUGGAAUAGGCAACGUGAUGAUGAUUAACUAUUAUAGCUUAAUCAAUUGAAAGAAAAAGAAAGAAAAUAACAGCGAAAGGACAUUUAAGAGUGCCGGCCUGAAAAAAACGCCUCGCGUGAGCAAAACAUGCUCGGAACUCGAGAAGAAACCCACAACUUGUCAAAAAUGCGCUGACUUUGACGCUCACGUUUAUAGUUAAAUUUCGUUUUUGUUUCAAUUGUGUUUUGUUUUCCUCUCAUUAUUAUUCAUUACCAUUCAGAAAAAAAAGGCAAAAAAAAAGGAAAAGAAAGACUAACCAAAAUUAUAUUAUCUGCACUGUUCUCUGAACAUUUCUUGUGGCUUUCAUUCUAUAGGAGAAAUUGUUUCGAAAGCUUUGGCGACUAUUUCCUUUAUUUUCAUGACCGUACAGAAUUAAAAAAACUCGCAAGUUAAUAGCUUAAUUUUUAAGAACUUGCUGGGCUACGAUUUCCUUUUUAGACACAUUUAUUGUAACAACCUGUUUUAACCUUAAAUUUAAACAGGUUCUUCUAUAAAACUUAAGUUUAAAAACUUGGAGUUCAUAAGCCAAAUUUAUCGUUUGAAAAUAGCUUAGACGGUAGUCAGUAAAUUUGUUUAGAUUACAGUCAUUUAGACAUGAUAAUAUAGCUAUCUACUUAAUCCUGAAGUGUGAAAUAAAAACAAUAGAAAAACCAUUGGCC